AUAUAAAUAUAUUGGGCAAGCUCCUAUCUGUAAUAUCUCCCAUCUCCUGUAUAUAUCCAUCAACAACAACUUCCUCUAUUUAUAACCCAACACACCUCACACUUACUUCACAUUUACCUCGCGUACACAUCACAUAAACUUCAUACAGAUCUAAAUCACUAUCAUUCCAUUUUUUGCUUUUUCAAACGCUAUUAUUUAAGAUCCAAUUUUUCAUCCCACUUGUAACCAACUUGAUAUAUCUUGCAGUCUAUAUAUACUCUGCUUUUUAAUUAUACUAUAUUCAUUCCUAUUCAUAUCUAUACUAUAACCAUAUCCUAUCCUAUCCUAUCCUAUCCUGUUAUAUUACAUUACAUUAUAUCAUAUCAUAUCAACAAUAAAAAUGUCUUCAACUAUAAUUCCAUCCAUCCAACUAUCUUACCAGAUUCAUUCAAAAUUUCAGAAUGAAUUAUCUAAAAAUGAUUUCUGCUUGAGAAAACUUUUAGCUCAUGCAAUUUUAUACGAAAAAAUCAUCCACAAUCAAAAAUUUAUUCAAAAUAAUUUAAAUGAUAAUCAAAAUGAUAAUCAAAAUGACAUUCAAAAUGACAUUCAAAACGAUAAUCAAAAUGAUAACUUAAAAUCAAACUCUAUACAUCAAAAAUCAACUUCAACUAUCACCGAUUACAAAAUAACGAAUAUAUCAGAAAAAGAUGAAGAUGACUAUAAAGAACCCUCUCAAUCUCCAAAACUUGAUCGAUACAAUGAAUAUGCUCAAUAUAACGACUUUGAUCAAUAUAACGAAUCUAACUCUGAAAAAUCAAGUGAUUCCAAUGAUUCCAAUGAUUCUAAUGACUAUGAUAAUCAAAUCCAAAAUCAAAUCACUAUAAAUUACUACAACUACCAAUUACCUGAUGAUGAUGAUGAUGAAUACUCAGAUUCUGAAGACUAUUAUAACGAAUUUAAUAAAAACGACAACUAUUUUAUUAACAAUAAUCAAAAUAAUCAAAACAAUCAAGAUAAAAUUAAUGAUAACGUUAAUGUUAAUAACAGUUACGAUGAUGAUAAUGAUAAUGAUAAUGAUAAUGAUGAUGAUGAUGAUGAUGAUGAAUAUUACUACUACAAUAACAUCUCACCUUCAAAACAAAUCCCAAUCUCAAACUCAAUCUUCAGCAAAAACUACACUUACAAUCACAAUAUUCAAUCAAACAAUUUUCUUGGUAUAAUUCACGAAGUUGAUGAAUCUGAUGAAUUCGACAUUCAAAAAAUCAACUCAGACUCAAAUCCAAAUUCAAUCCCAAUCCCAACCUCAAACUCAUCCUCUUUCGAUCGCUAUAAAAAUCUAAACAUAGCUUCUUCUCCCCAAUUCUCUUCCUCUUCUUCUUUUACUGACGAUGACGACUUGCUCAAUAACUCAUCCGAUGAUGAAUUUGAAGAUUUCUAUUUCUCAACUCUCAACAACCCAAACAGCUCAAUUAAUAAUCAUAAUCACACUCUUAACUCUUUUAAUAACAAUAACUAUAAUCACAACUUAAACAUAAACCUAAAUCUAAAUCUAAAUACAAUCUCCGUCACCUAAUUUACUCCCGCCAUCUAUUAUAUUAUAAUCUCAUUAUAAUUAUUACCCAAUUUUUAUACUAUAUUUCAUUUUGACUUGACUUGACUUUUUUCUUUUCUUUUACUUC